AGGAAACUGGUUUUGCAGAGGUGCUGGCAUUUGCAGCCUGGGGAGAGGCGCCCGGACCGGUUCCACAGAAACCCUGAGCUAGCAGCUGUUCUGACCUCCGCCCAUCACUGCCCACAGCGCAGCUCUGCAAAACGAAGAGCUGGGCGGGAGGGACUCUGCAGGGAAGUCGUGUGACCCAGAGGCCAUUUGGCCGAUUCUGGCCCAUCUCCCUCCCUAUCCCAGCAGAUGGGUGCGGCCAGGACUGGAGAAAGCUCAGGGUGGGGACUGUGCCCUCAGGAUCAGGACGCCGCCUAGCGGCGCAGGCCCGAAUGUCCUAUGGAUCAGCGUAAGGGCUUGGGGGCCUGCGUGUGCCAGGGAGGCGGAGACUCAGAGCCAGGUGGCUGGUGGACGUAGACAGAGCGCGCCCCUCGCAAGCUGCCCUUGCCCAUGGCAGAAGGGCUGGAGCCAGACCUCGGGGGGGCUGUGAGCACAGCGGAGCAGGCCAUGGAGAUGCCGAGCUGGAAGGCUCCGGAGGACACAGACCCGCAGCCAGGAAGUUAUGAGAUCCGACACUACGGACCAGCCAAGUGGGUCAGCACUUGCGUGGAGACUAUGGACUGGGAUUCAGCCAUCCAGACUGGCUUCACAAAACUGAAUGGCUACUUUCAAGGCAAAAAUGAGAAAGAGAUGAAAAUAAAGCUGACCGCUCCGGUGACAAGCUACGUGGAGCCUGGCUCAGGUCCUUUCAGUGAAUCUACCAUUACGGUUUCCCUCUGUAUCCCAUCUGAGCAGCAAUCCGAGCCGCCCAGGCCUUCAGAGUCGGAUGUCUUCAUUGAAGACAGAACUGAAAUGACUGUGUUUGUGCGGUCUUUUGACGGAUUCUCAAGUGGCCAAAAGAAUCAAGAACAACUUUUGACAUUAGCAAACAUAUUGAGGGAAGAAGGAAAAGUUUUCAAUGAAAAGGUCUUUUAUACUGCAGGCUACAGCAGCCCUUUCCAAUUACUUGAUAGAAAUAAUGAAGUGUGGCUGAUUCAGAAAAGUGAGCCCGCCAAAGAAAAUGAAUAAGGAAAUGAAGAUCACGAUCAGGGGCAAAACUUCUGGGAAUGCAGACAUCAACAGCACCCAUAGGUGAAGUAUAUAGUGUCUUUUGCUUGAGACACCACCCUGAAUCAUGCUUAUUUCCAGUGUGCCUUUGCAAGAAGCUUCAUUUAGGUACAGGGUAUCAAGAGAAAUCUGUGGCCUCUCUUUCUGUGAGGGUCCAGGAUAAUGGCAUGCCAUUUCCCUCUCAUUCACAAUAUCACCCUCAUGUUGCGGCCUUCUGCUUAGACUUAGGACAUUUGAAUGUUCUUCCUUUCAUAUAAUAGUAAUGAAAAUGUUAAAGAUUUAGCCUGUGUAGAAGUAAAAUUAUGUUGCAUACAAAAAUAGUCUUACUGCUGUCCACUGUUGCCUUUUUCUGUUGAAUCCAUGCCCUCACCUAGCUACUACUCCCUGAACACACACACACACACACACACACACACACACACACACAGUUCUUACCUUAAAGUGUUAACAAAAUUUGGAGGCAGAAAAUAAAUUUAUGAGAUAUGAGGCUUCCUAUGCUACCUGACAGGUAUGCCUUUUGAAGAAAUACAGAUGCCUGAUUUUAACAUUCACUUGGAUUUUUAAAGUACUGCAUUUAGUCUUUCCAGAGGUUGUCUGGAAGGUCUUACUCUUUCUAAGUGUGGGUUGCUGCAAAGUCAAGGAGGUUACAGUGCCUCCUUGCUCUGUUACAGUCUUAUAGUUGGGAGGGUCGAGUCACAUUCAGAUUCAUGGCCGCUGUCAUAGGAAGGUGCUCUCUCCAAUUCUGGCUCCUGGGAUGGUGGCUCUCAGAGCAUGGGGGACAGCGAGUUAGAUUCAGGAACUUCCUGAUAACUAAAGCUGCUCACAAGUGACAUGGCUUCCAGUUCUCAUUGACUGUGGAAGCAGAGACCACAUAGUCACUUUCUGAGACACAAUCAUGGAGGAGGCUGAGGGUCCAGUAGAUUGGAUGGGGCUAAAUGGUGCAUGAGAUCUCUCCAACUUUAAUGUUAUAAAAUGUUUCUGAUAGUCUGAGGCAACCUCUGUGAAAGGGUCGUUUGGACCCCAUCGGGAUCACAGCCCACAGGCUGAGAACCAUCGCUCUAGGUGUCAGUUCAUAAAUCCUGAUGCACUAGUCCAUGCCCCGGCUGCUCAGGCACCUGUGAUGUCAUCAUUGGUCACCGCCCACAGGGGCCUGGGAUAAAAGGACCCCUGCUUUUUACUCUUACUCUCUCACUCUCCUUUUCUUGCUCCUCAUUGUUUUGGUCUCUCUCUCCUUUCCCUGUCAGGGUACCACCUCCACCCAUCUCUGUCUGUCUGUCUGUCUGCCUGUCUGUCUCUGUUUCUCUGUCUCUAUGUGUGUGCAUGCCUGCCUUUAUGGAUCACUCAGGUCCUAACUCUCUCCUGCUUCCCUUCCCCUGAAUAAACUUCCAUAUAAAUCA